GAUGGGUUUUUCUAUUUUUUUCGUCAAAUCCAGUUUUCAUCCCGUUCCGUCCCUACAAGGUUGCCAGAACGAAUUUUCGUCAUGGGCUUCCUUGAUUAAAUUGAAAGUGUAAUUGCUUACUGUUUGGAUUUUGGAUGGAUUAGUCUUCUUUUUACGAAAGCCGACUGUUGUAUUCCACCGAAUUUCCGAAAGUUUAUCGCUUUAUAUACGGCCCUCAAACAUUGCGAAAUGAGGGCUUUCUCAGAAUACUUUUUAAUUGCGGCAGCCAGUUUAAUAGGUUGUGCCAAAGGCACUAAGAUCACGAGCGACAGUGAACUGGGCCCACAGAACUUUGUUCUGCCUACUGCUAAUAUUAUAUUGAAAUGCACCGGAGGUAGUGGACUUAUUUGGAAGUACGAGGAUGGAUCAUUACCCGAGGGGGCGAAGAUCCAGGCACCCUCGACCCAGGAUCAGUCGUCUGUGCUGGAGCUCAUUUUGAGUCCGAUUCGACAUAAUGGCGGCGCCUACAGUUGUAUAGAUAACGCCAAAAACAAGGACACAAUCAACCUGAAUGUUGUUAGUGCCAAAUCGUUAUACGCUGAUCCAGUGGUAGGAAACGGAACAGUUGAUACCACACUUCGUUGCCAUCAGCGCUUCAGUCCUCUGUUUCCAUUGAUCUGGACAUUCCCGAAUGGCAGUGAAAUAAUACCAGGAAACUACUCAAAAGGAGACAACCGCGUUAGCGUUAACGCACCAGAAAAGGGUUCAGCGUUACAUCUUAGAGUUGCCUCUAGGAGAGACAUCGAGUUAGGGAAUUAUGAGUGCAGGCUGAAUACUAGCGGCUCCACCCUUCCUGCGGAAAUCAUUGCACAACUGAAUGAAAUAAAGACAUCUGUGAAUUACGAAGCUAAACCUGAUGUAAAGUUCGAAGGCUCGCAGCAGAAAUCCAAGAGUGCCACAAAAGGAGAACCGUUUGUCUUGAAAUGCAUCGUUGAGGGACACAAUGAUACGGUCAAAUUUGUGAAGAUGAAUGAGGAGACUAAGGAGAACACUACACUCCUGGAAGGCCCUGUUAGCAGCUUACAGCUGUGCGAAGGAAGCAAUGAUGAGUACUGCAUUCCAGGUUCCACUUAUAAAGUUAGCCAGCAGGAAGUGCGAGCGAACGAUACUGGAAAGUUACACAGCGUAACAAUCUCAAUGCACAUCACCGAAACCAAGGACGAAGAUCGAGGAGAGUAUAUCUGCAUAGCUAAGAACAGUGCUGGUGAACACCGUGCCAGCACGACCCUUCGCGUGAAAGAUAAGCUGGCUGCUUUGUGGCCUUUCUUGGGGAUUGUUGGUGAAGUCGUCCUGCUUUGUCUUAUUAUUUUCUGCUACGAGAAGCGACGAAACAAGGCGGCCGAUGAUGAAGAUGAGAAUGAGCCCAUGAAAGCAGAAGUCCACGAAACGCGAGAGACGAACGUUCAACGACGUGGAAAAUGAAUGGAGGCAUCGGAGCGCAGAGAGUAAAUCCAGAAUAUCAGAAGUUUUUAACUCUUUUGCUCUUGUGAAUGAUAUCAUUGAUAUGAUAUGGCCGCCACACAGAGGUCCAUAUCGGUUGCUUCUUCCGUGAUUUCUUAUACAGUCCUUCGCGUCUAUAAUUUAAUCGUGUUGUUGGUACCCAUUUGUUUCCUGUGCCAGACAGUGAACAGUAACACUGAUUAGUCGUUUUUGUUUUUCACCUUCAUUUCAGUUUGUUUUAGCCAUUUUAAUAAUUAACGUUUUAACUGCUUGUUUCUUUUUGUCUUUGAAGAGUUUCCGAGAGUUUGUGUUGGUUUUUCUUCCUGUAACAGAAAAGAAUUGUAUAAAAUUACCGUUCAAGA